AUGAGAAUUUAUCAAUGUCAUUUUUGCUCGUCACCAUGUUAUCCCGGCCAUGGGAUUAUGUUUGUGCGUAAUGAUGCUAAAGAGUUUAGAUUCUGUCGUUCUAAGUGUCACAAGGCCUUCAAGCAACGUCGUAACCCAAGAAAAUUGAAAUGGACUAAAGCUUUUAGAAAGGCUGCCGGUAAAGAAUUGGCUGUGGAUUCUACCUUGACUUUCGCCCAAAGAAGAAAUGUUCCUGUCAGAUACAACAGAGAAUUGGUUGCCACAACAUUAAAGGCCAUGGCUAGAAUCGAAGAAAUCAGACAAAAGCGUGAAAGAGCUUUCUAUAAGAACAGAAUGAGAGGUAACAAAGAAAAGGACUUCUUGAGAGAUAAGAAAUUAGUCGAGUCUAACCCAGAACUAUUGAGAAUUAGAGAAGUCGAAAUUGCUAGAAAACUGGCCAAAGAACAAGAAAGGGCCGAAUCUCAAUCUGAACAAGAAGAAUCUGAAGAAGAGGAGGAAGAUAUGGAAAUUGAUAGUGAUGAAGAAGAGGAAGAACAAUUGGAAAAGCAGAAGAUCCUGCUAAAGAACAGAAGAAGAAACACAAAGAAAAUCGCUUUUUAG